GUUGUUUCAUAGCUAAGGAAUAAGCAUGAUUCUAUCAAUGAUUAAGUACUUUAAUCUCAUGAUUUCAGAUAACAAGGAAGAUGAUUUCAGAUUAGAAGCUGUUCAAAAGAGAAGGUUUUGGUAAGAUUCUAUCAAUGAUUAAGUACUUUAAUCACCUGCCAAAUGAAAACAAGCUUAGAAGGGAAGAUGAUUCAAUGACUGAGAAGCAGAUGCAUAAAAAGUAUAUGCACUCCACUACUGAACAUGGUCAUUUAGGUAGGAAUCAUUGAAAGGCGAGUGGAACAGAUCAAGAUUAAUCACAGUACAAAAAGUCAGUAACCAAAAUGAAGAAGAAGGAGAUGCAUACUUGGAAGUUGGUUCCAGCAGAAAGAUGCAACUCCAAGUCCAACAAUGUCAUUUCAGUUAGCUCAUGAUGGGAUGAGCUUUUAUGAUUAUUGGGGAAAGAACACUGAAUACGGUGACCUUUUCAGUUCAAGCAAAAAGCUUUAUAUAUAUAUAUAUAUAUAGUCUCUUCUACGUGGUUGUAGUGAUGAUGAAAGCCUGACGAUUUUGAAGAAUUGUAGAGAAGUUAUUCCAAGCAAUGGAGGAAAGGUUGUGAUUAUAGACAUUGUAAUAGACAGCACAAAAGAUGAACAGGAAGUAUUGGACGCUAAGUGACCUCAGAGCAAGCCUGCUUCCUUCCAAUGACAGAUUUUCUAGGCAGGUGCCUCACAAACAAGGUGGAAAAUUCUCAAUUGACCACUUGCAUAAGCUAAAUCAGAAGAAUAUAUCAGCUUGGAAUAUGAGGAAAAUGAUAGAUACUGUAAGGACUGGGUCCUUGGCCACUCUGGAUGAAAAAAUACAGAACUCUAAUAAUAUUAAUACGGAUGAUGAGUCUUCUUUACAGAUCAAAACUGAAUGCCAGGCAAAAGAGGCAGCCAAGAAGAUAUUUGCCAAUGUAGCCAAGUUCGGGUCCAAAUGUAUUUACCUAGAGGAUUUGAUGAGGUUUAUGAAUAAAGACGAAGCUAUUAGAACAAUGCAUCUAUUUGGAACAACAUCUGAAUUCGAACAAGAAUUUGUUUACAAAACUCAAGAUCCCAAUUCUUUGUUAGUGAAACAAUUCUAA